GGAGUGGAUGAUCUAUGGUGCCGACGUGUCAUCCACACUGUUCCGCUGACUCCUUUCUUCCUCAACUAUCAACUAAAUCUUUUCAUCUGUCACCAGAACUACUUCCUAGGGUUUCUCUAUUUCUCUCCCUAUUUUCGAACUGCUCAAAACCCUUCAAAUCAAAUCAGUAAUUUUUUUUUAUUUGUCAAUACAUUUCACUUGCAUUCUUUUGCUCCGAAUCUAAUUUACAUGGCAAAAACUAAACCUGGCAAAAAGGACCUUGAUUCUUACUCUAUCAAAGGCACCAACAAAGUUGUUAGACGUGUGUAUAUUCUCUCUGUCUCCUUAACCCAGAUUUUAUGCUGGUGAUUGUGUGUUGAUGAGACCAUCGGACACUGAUAAACCGCCAUAUGUGGCACGCGUGGAGAAGAUCGAAGCCGAUCAUCGGAGCAACGUGAAAGUUCGUGUUAGGUGGUAUUAUAGGCCUGAAGAAUCGAUCGGAGGGCGCAGACAGUUUCAUGGAGCCAAAGAAUUGUUUUUGUCAGACCACUAUGAUGUGCAAAGUGCCCACACAAUUGAAGGCAAAUGUAUAGUGCACACUUUCAAGAACUACACCAAGCUUGAGAAUGUUGGCGCAGAGGAUUAUUUUUGUAGAUUUGAAUAUAAGGCUGCCACUGGAGGUUUCACUCCCGACCGUGUUGCAGUGUAUUGCAAGUGUGAGAUGCCUUAUAACCCGGAUGACCUGAUGGUGCAGUGUGAGGGGUGCAAGGAUUGGUUUCAUCCUUCUUGUAUGGGCAUGACCAUUGAAGAAGCAAAAAAAUUGGAUCGGUUUCUGUGCUCUGAUUGUCCAUUGGAUGAUUAUGCUAAAAGAUCUUUGAAUACAUUCCCGGUGUCCCCAUCAGUUGAGGCUAAGUUUUGCAACACUGUGGCGGCCACAUUUGUUGGCUCAGAUGGAGCUAAUAUGGGUUCUAGAUUCUUGUUAAAGUCAGGUCAUAUUUAUGUGGAAGUUUUGGUUGCAAUAGAAAAUUUGUGUUUGUUUGUGGCCCAGUUUAAUGUGGUCAGGUCAGUCACAGGCCAGUUUGUGGCACUAAUGAUAUAUAAGUUUUAGAAAAAGCCCUCUCCUCAGAUGAAUCCCCAUUCUGAUUGUGAAUUUUUUUUUCAGUGGUAUAUGGGCAAUACAGUUUCUUAAGGACUUUCAUGAUUGCUAGAUGUGUCACAUGGAAAAGUGUAAACAUUUUACAAAUCUUUUUAUUAUAUCAGCUAGGCCACUGACUCAUGUUGUUUCAAUCUAAUGUCUCAUGCCGGAUGAGCAUGGAGCAAAAAGCUUGUAUGUCAAAUUUUUUCCUAACAGAACAGCAAUCACUGUUCACUUAUUUCUACGCUUGAUUUGAUCUCCAUUGAAUGUUGGUGCCAUAAGUCAAUUGCACAGAUGGCCUUGAUAAGUACAUAUAUGUGAUAAUUUUUCUUUAAAGUUUAUUUUGACAAUUUACCCUGACAAACUUUUCUUAAUCUCUUUAAAAAGUUGACUUGUUUCUGAUGGUUUAGCCUUUUUAACUUAAAAAGACUUCACAUUGUUGAGAGGUUGGGAAUUUGGAAAUCUGUUUUUCCAUAUUUAUCUUUGUUCAGACUGAAUGAUUCCAGGGUAUUUUUUAGUCAUAGUAAUGGUCAGUGUCAAUAUUUUUGAAAGGCAGCUUUUCAUGCUAUGGAUUUAAAUCCAUUAAGGUUUUGGUACGAUGCUGAUGUGCUUUAGUGUCCCUAUAUUACUCUAUUACUUAUCAUCUGGGUGGGAACACAGUUUCUGUACAGAACCUAGUGUAUAACAAGUAAACUAAAGUUAGUGUUUUGCCCUCUGGGAAAGGAAAUGGUUCCCUGGGAACUGAAUAGGUUUUGCAAAAGAUUGUCUUCUUCAAGUUGUAGUUAAACCCCAGUAUACCCAUGCAUCAGUGCAUUUUAGCACUCAUAAACAGUAUAUAUGUUAAAAUAUAAGUAUUGUUGGUAAAACAAGGGAAUUGGCUUGUUUACUAAAGGGUUCUUUAAAAUUCUUUGUAGACGAUAUUACUCUCAUCCUUUUUUAUGUUUAUAAUGCUUUGAUUGCGAAUCAGCUGUUGUUGCUUUUUCUCUUUCUAAUGAAAUGUGGUAUUGUCUUUGAUUUUCU